AAAGAAGAAAAAAAUCAUCAUCAAAUGGAGUGAACAAUAUUAAAGAUUUUCUGCAUUAAACUUUCAUGAAUGAAUACAACCAGAAAAUCAUUAAACCGCAGACUAUACAAAGAAAAUCAUUAAUGUGCUACGAUUGUAGUCAAGGUUUGGAAUUUGGUAAAUCUGAUUCUAUCUCUAUAUAAAAACUCAACCAGUAUGUAACAAUUCGAAGUACAAACCAAUCUAAAUUGCCCUCAACCAAGAAAAAAAAAACAAAGAAAAGAAAAUGGCAAAUGAAGCUUGUGCUGCGUGCAAAUUCCAUGGAUGGAGUUGCGAACCAGAUUGCAUCUAUGCUCCUUACUUCCCAAGCGACAAAAUGGAGGAUUUUGUUAGUGUUCAUCGCGUUUACGGGAUCGACAAUUUCGUCGAAAUUGUGAAUUCCGUAACGGAUGAACACGACAGAGAAGUUGCUGCCCAGACCAUGAUCAUCGAGGCUAAAAUUCGGGAGGAUGAUCCCGUAUAUGGUAUCGCCGGUGUUGCAGCUCUGCUGCAAGCCCAAAUCAAUUCUGUUCAAGCAGAGUUGGAUUUGGUGCAAAAUCAGGUCCAGUUUUGGAAAGACAUGGAGGAAUUGGAAAGGGAGAGGGAGUUGAUUGAGGAGCAACUGGAUUCUUGUCCUUUGGGACUUUUGUCUGCAGUUGUUGUUGUUGUUGUUGAUGAAUGGGUGCAAUUGAAUUUGAACAUUGAAGAAGUGUCAGAGUCAGGGAGUGAGAGUUGAGAAAAUGGAGUCAGAGUGAAAUAACAGAGAGUUGACUAGUACUACUAGUUAAUUACUUACUAGUGAAUUAUUUUAUCCGUCUCAAAUAAACAAUUAUUACAUUCUAAUUUUUAAUUGUAUUAUUAAAUUAGAAUGUAAAUUAAUUUUUCGGAGACGGGGAAGUAACAAUUCAACGUUUCUUAAUUAUUAUCUUCAGUACUCUUAAAUUCUAUAUAUUGUGAUCUAGUAGACUACUAUUUUGCAGUACAAUAGAUUGUUUAGGCACUGAUAGUGCACUGAUAGAAGGAGAUUGCAAGCCCGAAUC